UGAUCAUCAAGCUAUUCGGCCGAUACGCAGCCUAUCAUUGACUACUUUACCAACUUUCACGCUUAUGGUUAGUCCGUUGCGAAAGGGCUGGGCAUCCAGAUGCUUCGAGUGGAUGAAGCGUACCGUAAUAUUCCUUGGUGGGAUUCCCGUCCAAUUCUAAGCAUUCUCGUCGAGGAUGUAUUAAACAUAAAACCCCGAUGCAGAUCGACAACAGCACACCACGACUUCCUUUCCAAAGACGAGCAUGAGAUUCGGGAACUCGGAGAACAUGCUGCAAUAUUCUAUGACCAUUUAACAGUCUUCAAGCGCUAUGCCCAACGGUAUUCCAAAUGUUUGGCGAAGUACAACCGGGCAAUACCACUAGAACCAUCCAGCUUCCCUUCCGCAGCGGAGCUUUCUAGCACCUUGGAGCAUCUCAGGAAGCGCCUUGAAUCCGUCUAUGGUUGGGAUAUCCGUAACACUCCGCCUCGCCGGAUGACGGAAAGGCUUCCCGCUUUGCUUUUCGACAAUGAUUGUGCUGCGGAACUUCCGAUGUAUUCAUCGGUAGCUGUGAAGUAUGAAAAUACCUCCGCUUAAUAAUUAAGAGAACGGAUAGGUCGGGUAGACUUUGAAGGGUAGAUUGUGGGCAUCGCAAUUUCUGGCAUAGAAUAUUUGACCGGCUUCGGCAGCGUAUAAUAACAAAGUCUCGAUCCAACGGCGAGGACAUCUGAACUUGUCUUAAAACAUGCUCUUGGAUCAUUAGAUGAGCA